AUGAUCCCAACCACACUGGUCCUCUACCUCGCCCUCCCGGUGCUGGCCGUCGCCGCGCGCCCCAGGAACGCCAUCCUCCUCUCCGAUGUAGAGUCCCUCACCCUCCGCGGUGAUGGCGCUAAGACGGCCCAUCGCCGUGUCCCCGCCAUUCCUCAGCUCCGGUGCAUCUCCUCCCGCGGCAUCUGCGACCUCUACGACAUCGACGUGCUGCGCUGCACCAACCAGGGCUCCUCCUAUGGCGACGAGGACAUCCAGUGGAGCUGCUCGGCGUCGCUUCCCGAGGAGCUCAAGCUCGGCAGCACCGACGUCAUCUGUGAAGGCUACUCAUCCCCGGAUGACCCGUACGUCCUCAAGGGCUCUUGCGGCGUCGAGUACCGCCUCGCCCUGACCAGCAAGGGUGAACGACGGUAUCCCAACCUUGCGAACGGCGGCUGGUUCAACGACGGCCGAGGCGGUACUGACUGGGGCGCAUGGCUCUUCACCAUCAUCUUCGUCUUCGUCCUUGGUUUCAUCAUCUACUCGGCCUGUAUCGGGGCACAGCAAAACCGAGGGCCUCGACGUGACCGCAUUCAUCGUGCUGGCGGAGGCUGGGGUCCUGGUCCGGGUCCCGGUUGGGGUCCCGGCAAUGAUCCUCCUCCUCCUUACCCAGGCACGAAGCCGUCCGGUCAGGGCUGGACCCCGGGCUUCUGGUCUGGCAUGGCUGGAGGCGCCGCGGCUGGCUAUAUGGCUGGGAGAGGAAACCGCAACGACGGCCACCAGCACGACUAUGGAAGCAUCGGGCGAGGAAAUGCCGGAUGGGGUGGCAACUCUAACGGGAGAUCAUCCUCAUCAGGCUCCAAUACGUCCAACCGCCACGAGAGCACUGGCUUCGGCUCUACCAGUCGCAGGUAA